AUGCUACGCAAUAGGGACCCCCGACUCAAGUUCGUCAAUGAUGGAGCCGCCAUCAAGAAUCCCUUCGCUGUGGACCGCAAGGUGCAGAUCAAUGUGCUUACCGAAAUGCUGUGUGAGUUGCUUUCCUGCUCUUUUCAUAAAUAUUCACUGGCCUACGUAUAG